AUGCCCCAUGUCACGGGGAUAGCCUCGGGCAGUUCCUCGCCGGUUUCCAUCGAUAUUGGGUCGAGGCGAGUGUGUACGGGAUGGGCUAAGCAGAUUUCAUCCUACUACAUCUUCCCACGGGAGAAUUACCACGACCUAGUGGGAGACUUCCCUAGCUUCGUAGCGGAGCUUCAGGCCUGCUUCACCUUGUGGGGCAGCGCCCCUCAAGGACCCUAUGUUCUCCCGGGAGACUACGUGCAGGUAGGGACGCCUCUGCCCGCUGAGAUACUCGCUGAUGCACCUGAGCCCCAGGUGGCCUUGCCACAAGACCCUCCACCGCGUACCACAGUUCUAGGGCGCCGUGGUAGACACGACGACGAGGCAGGCCCCUCUCGUCCACGAGCUCGUAGAGAUUUCCCGUCACCUCCCGACUCAGCUCUCCGGGAACCUACUCCACCACCACCACCGAUGUCCACGGCAGAAGCAAGACUCGCAGCCGCAAUGGCCAACGCUGACAGGGCCAUAGCCAACACGAGAGAGUUCCUAGAUAGGGGCAAGGCCCCCAUGCAGGAGGAGGAUAUGGCGCCAAGUGGCGCGACGAGGAGGAUUAUUCACCCUAGGCCGUCGCCACCUCCAGCCCCGACUGGGCCCCGUGCCACGGCUAGGAUCCGCACCGGGAAUGACCCGAUCCGCGAGAUUGCGGACGACAUCUUCCGCACGGCCCAGAUCAUACGAGAGACGGGCGAGGGUCAGGGAGAGACCCCGUUGCCCAACGAGGAUGAGGAGGAGGACCCAGAAGAAGACCCCGAGGAGGACCCGCUUAUCUACCUUUUGCCAUCGCCUAGGAACAGCCGUACCGCGUUUUAG